AUGAGUAUAGCUGCAUAUGCGUAUGAAGCUGACAGAGCUAAACGUUUAUAUUUUGGUCAAUACUCUCUCACACUUACUGACAAAUAUAUUGUUAUUUCUGAUGGAAAUACUGAGAAAUAUAUAACAUGGAAGGACUAUGAAAAGUUUGACCCUAUUUUAACUCCAUGUACUAUGCCAUUCAUUGUAAAUGGUGAAGUUGUCAUGAAGAACGACACAACUGUUUAUAGGUCUGUAUAUGAAGCUCUUGAAAGCAUUCUUAACUUCAAUCCUUCAGGGUUCGAUACAAAAACAACUCCUUCGACAAUGCCAUUCAUUGAAAAUGGUGAAAUUGUGUCAAAAAAUAAUGAAACAGUGUAUAAGUCAGUGUAUGAGGCGCUGAACUAUAUGCUUCAUUUCAAUCCUUCUGGUUUUGACCCACAAAUAACUUCAUGUACUAUGCCAUUCAUUGUAAAUGGUGAAAUCGUCAUGAAAGAUAACACAACUGUCUCAAAGUCUGUUCGUGAUAUUUUAGACUACUUGCUUCAUUUGGGUCCUACAGGAUUUGACCCAUAUACAACUCAAUGUCAAGUACCAUUCAUAAACGACUCAGCAGAAAUAAAACUCAAAACGUCAACAGUAGAUGAAGCAAUUGCUGACUCAUUGACAAAACUUCUUGAUAUAAUAAUGAGGUUCAAUACAUUCAAAACAACAUAUGAAACCUUUAAGAAAAAUUAUGACGAUUUCUUUAAAAUUACAUACAUCGAGCCUUCUGCUCCUCAAACACCAGACUAUGCAUGUCUUAAAAUAA